AUGGCUGCUGCGGCUGCUGGUGGUGGUGCUGGUGGUGGUGUUGCGGGGGUGGCGGGGUCGCCGUGCGGGGCGUGCAAGUUCCUGCGGCGGCGGUGCGUGGCGGAGUGCGUCUUCGCGCCCUACUUCAGCUCCGAGCAGGGCGCGGCGCGCUUCGCGGCCAUCCACAAGGUCUUCGGCGCCAGCAACGCCGCCAAGCUGCUCGCGCACCUGCCCCUCGCCGACCGCUGCGAGGCCGUCGUCACCAUCACCUACGAGGCCCAGUCCCGCCUCCGCGACCCCGUCUACGGCUGCGUCGCCCAGAUCUUUGCCCUCCAGCAGCAGGUCGCGAUCCUGCAGGCGCAGCUGAUGCAGGCCAGGGCGCAGAUCGCGUGCGGCGUCCAGAGCACCACCUCGCCGGUGAGCCACCACCAGCCACAGCCGUGGUUGCAGGACACCAGCAUCGCUGCCCUGCUCCGGCAGCAGGAGAACGGUAGCAGCUUCGCCGCCGGCGGUGCGCUUCUGCCAGAGCUGAUGAGCGGCGACGUGUCCAUGCUGCAGCAGCAUUGCGGCGGCAAGGUGGAGGGCGGCGGCGGCGGCGGCGCCGGGGACCUCCAGUACCUGGCCCAGGCCAUGAUGCGAAGCUCCAACUACUCCCUGUAG